CCUAGUUGCUGCAGCAGUCCUCUCCUCUUCGUAGUUGAGUAAACUACAUGGACAUUAGCGGACGCACCGAACGCUAUACAACCGCAAACGAGUGGAUUAAAACGUGCUGUUCCCUGGCGCAUUCAUCAAAGAUCGAUAACAAAAUCAACCAAUCAAAAACCCACCAUAGCUGUAACUCCUAGCUUAGUCAAGAUACUUUGCUGGAACAAACUGCCAGGUAGCGGUAACUCAGUAGAGCAUUGUGUCAUAGAGAUCGGCGGGAAUGGCUUCAUCUCCUUGCGGCAGUGGGAACUUCGAUUCCGGUCUGGAAAUCAAAACUCGAUCGGUGGAGCAAACACUUAUUCCUUUGGUCUCGCAGAUCACCACGCUGAUCAACCACAAAGACAAGCUCAAGAAGUCUGAGCGCACCCUGCAGGCCAUCCACAGGGUGGGCCAGGCCGUGAACGUGGCUGUGGGGCGCUUUGUGGCCGUGGGGGAGGCCAUCGCGGCAGAGAACGAGGAGCUGAAGGAUGAGAUGGGCCAGGCGUGCUUCGAGGCUCGCCGCGCAGGUGAUGCCAUCGCCCAGCUGACGGACGUGGCCGCCCCUCAGGGGCCCUCGCUGGACGGGCGCACGGCGGUGUUCAGUGAGCGGGCGGGCAUGGUGAAGGCUGCCCGCAUGCUCCUCUCCUCCGUCACCAAGGUGCUGGUCCUCGCCGACCGCAUCGUCAUCAAACAGAUCAUCACCUCGCGCAACAAGGUGCUUGUGACCCUGGAGCAGUUGGAGAGGGUGACCACCUUCCAGGAGUUUGUCCAGAUCUUCAGCCAGUUUGGAAACGAAAUGGUGGAGUUUGCCCACCUCACUGGAGACAGGCAGAAUGACCUGAAGGAUGAGAAGAAGAAGGCCAGGAUGGCAGCAGCCAGAGCUGUGCUGGAGAAGUGCACCAUGAUGCUGCUCACCGCCUCCAAGACGUGUCUCCGACACCCAGACUGUGACUCAGCGAGGAUCAAUAAGGACGCCGUGUUCCAGCGCAUGCGCUGCGCCCUGGAGCAGGUCAUCGACAUUGUGACGGACGCGCGGUCCAGCACCGAGGCCAAGGUCCUGUCAGUCAGCAUCAACAACGGCAUCAAAAACUUUAAGUCCAACGUGGAGGGUCUCCGUGAGGCCCUGUCCUCCCUGCCCCCCCAGAGCCUGCUGGGACAGCUGGAGCAGGUGGUGGAGAGGACUGAGGACUUCACUGACUCGGCCUACACCAGCCACGAGCACCGGCAGGGCAUCCUGCAGCUCUGCCAGCUCACCCGCGACGACACGCUGCAGCUCAUGGAUGCCGUGGUGCAGGCGCAGUCGCAUCACGCCCAGGAGGCCACCGAGGAGGUGGAGCUGGCCAUCCUGAAGACCUGUCAGAGUGUCAGCGAGCUCCGACGAGAGCUCCACAAGGUGGCAGUGGGACGUGCCACCCAGCUGCUGAAGGCUCACUCGGAUCACCUGCCCCUGCGGGCGCUAAAGGCCGAGGGGGCCGAGGGCAACCUGGAGGCUGUGGCUCAGUACGCCCGCACCCUGACCGAGCAGAAGGAACAGCUGGUGGAGACCUGUCGUCUGCUGUGUCACGUAUCCGGGACGGAGCCUCUGGAGAUCACCUGCAUCCACGCCGAGGAGACCUUCCUCGUCAUCGGCCCCCAGAUCAUCUCCGCGGCCCAGACCCUGGCCCUGCACCCAUCCAGUAAGAUAGCCAAGGAGAACCUGGAGGUGUUCUGUGAGGCCUGGGAGUCUCAGCUGGGUGACAUGGCCUUGCUGCUGCACGAGGUCAACGACGUGUUUGAGGGACGCCGAGGUGAUAAAAGAGCAUACCUGUCUCUUCCCAGACCAGGGGGGAGUACGACAUUGUGUGACCCAAAACAUUCGGCGAGCCUGAAGACUGCCAAAGCUGUCAAGCUGGACGCUGAGGAGCAGACCACCAUUGCAAAGCUGGGGCUGGAGCUGCGUCUGCUGUCGUCAGACGUGGACUCUGAGGUGGAGAAGUGGGAGGAGCAGGACCAUGACGUUGUGCGACACAGCCAGAGCAUGGCCAGCAUGGCUUACUCCAUGUACCUGUUCACCAGGGGUGAGGGGCUACUGAAGACUACCCUGGAUCUCUUCCACCAAGCCGAGGUGCUGUCUGAGGAAGGACUCCAGCUGUGCUCAUCUCUUCACACUUUCUCUACCCAGUUGAUGGACGAGGAGAAAGCAGGAGUGAUGUCAGAGAUGGAGAAGCUGCUGGCAUUGUGCCAACAGCUGCAGCUGGGCACCAAGACGCCAGCACAGGGCAAGUCUGCCACCUUCCAGAAGGUGGACUCCUCCAUACAGACCACUAGAGCCAUGAUGACUGUGGUGGUGUUCCUCCUCCCACACUGCAACAGGCUGCUCCGAAAGUACAAGUCAGAGAGGAGCAGUCUGGGUUCUCCUCAGGGCUGGAGGGAGAAGCAGACCUCUUCACCCGUCAGGGGCAAUGCCUCCUCCGGCGCCACGCUCAACGUCAAGAACAGUAAUGGCUUCGGUGUCAAGUCCCUGGAGCAGCACAUGGCUAACCUGACUUUCCUGGAGAGCAAGUAGUCCAGCGGUGACCCCCAUCGUGACCGCUGACCCCAUUAUCUAUUCCUGUCAGGCCUGGUUCCAAAACCAAGAUCAAAUACCAUCAAGUUUUCAUCUUUGUUACUGUUGGAUUGGUUUUUAUUGUGUUGGAGUGAACCAAAUCAAAUUCACCCAAAGUAUUUGAGAAUAGUAUUUGACCUGGGCUUAAAGUUGUAUCUGUAGGCCCUGGUCCUGGGUUUGUUUAUGUAGUCCCUGUGUAACUGUUAGGGUGUAGGGUGUUGCUAGGUAUGGGCCUCAGAGCCCCCAGUCACAGACCCACAACUGCAUUUCCAAACCUUGGCCACCAGGGAGUGGCAUGGAGACACAUGCUCACUGCUCCGACAGGCUCCAGUUGUUCCCUCCUGUCAACCCUGGGUCAUUCGGUGGUGUCCUCGCGGAUGAUGAAAUUAAGUUCAGCUUUACAAGAAGGCGAAGGGAAGAGCCUACAUGGGAGGCUUCUUCAGGAUCUCAGCAGUGCACCCCCCCCCCCCCCCCUUAACUAUGUGCCUCUGCUCUGUGACCAGCUCAUUUGCUUAGUAGUGUACUAGCACAUCUCAGCCAAAUGCACACCUAUGGAAAAACCUCAAAUAAAAGUAUGCUUAAAAUAUAAAGAUCAGUGCAUGAUGCCAUUGCCAAACUUCUUGUCGUACCGUGUCAGGUCACAGACUGGGUUAAAAUUGUUUUAGCCCAUAACACACACUAAACAGAUACAGGGUCAUAACAUGGGCUUAGGCACAGAGUGUAAACGCGAUGCCAACGAUUUUAUGCCAAAUAGGAGUUUAAUGAACAGAUGAAUCACUUGGAUUGCUUAUCAAAUGAAACACAAAGCUCUUAGUACUCCAAUUAAACCAGAAGCGGAUGUUAUUUUAGCCAGCUUUGUACUGUCUACAGCAUUUAAAUCAUCAGUGUAUGGUUUGAUUUUCCCCCCCAAUUGAAAGCCUGAAAUUACCUAGUUGCUGUGUUAA